CGAUUUUUUUCAGUCUUGCACCAGACGAUCACCGAUUCAGUUCAGUUAAGAAGCAAGCAGGACACAUUCGGUCAAGAUCUCCUCGGAUCUUGGACAGCAGCGAAGAAUUGAGACAGUUGGAAUCUAACGAUCAAGAGUGACAAGAUAAUAGCAUUCCAACGAAGAAAGUGAUUUGCGAGUGGCGUGCUAAUCUGUUCGAAAUCUUGGAACGCAGAACCCACUUUUGAUCGAAUUAGAAAUCAGAACAAUGCAAGUGAGAGUGCAGCACUGACCAUACUUAAGUCAGUUGAACAAUAGGCCAUUCAAUGGAAAGUGGCACCGCGUUCUAAUUAAAGCCGCGGAUAAUCACCGCCUACUACAGGGCAUUUGCGAUUGUUGUGGAAAAUCGGCGAAACAGAAACAACGAUCAACGAUCAAGUGGACCUGUUCUCGCAUAUAAAUAGAACUCGUGUCACUUUUUGGGAAAACAACGACUUGUUUUCCUUUCACCGAUCGAGCGAUCACGACGUCAGUGAGGCUGUUGUGAACCUCGUUCCUUACGUGUAUCGGCAUACUUAGAGGCGCGUGCUGUUGUUUUGACAAUCUCCCGCAAUUACCAAGCAGAAACAGAAGAAGAAAAAGUUCUAACAAUCGGUCAAUUCGCGAGAAAAGGCGCCGCAGUUCCUGAGCAGUAGCCCAUUCAAAUCUAAAAAUACCAGAAGUGAACAUUAAAAAAUCGGAAACAAUCAAACUCAUCAUGGAGAACGAUCCACAAGCCUUCAGUGCUGCGAAGUUGGUGAAAGAAUACGAAGUUCCAAUGGUAUCGAUGGAUGGUGAGGCCCAUCCGGAAAUCACGCUAGCAGCGGUUGGCCUGGGAGUGAUAGUAGCUUGCAUCAUCCUCAUCACUCUGAUUGCACUAAUCAGUCGCAGAAAGAGACAUUUUUUGCACAACAUCGGUAACAGUUCCCGGCAGUUGGAUUUGCCGCCAAAGUCACCGGACUCAACAGAAAUCUACACCAUCACGCAAUCGGUCGAUUCGCACAGCUGUCGAAGUUGCCGAAGCUCUACCGUGACCAUCGAUUCCGACAUAGUUACUCAAAUUUGAGUAUAUAAGGAUUUGACGACUCCCCCCCCCUACCCCAGACGACUGAAUCUGUUUUUACCAAGUACCGAUUUGUAUUUUAUGUAAGUUGUUAUGGAUUUCUUUUCUGUCCUACUGAUUUGAUCGUGACUAUAGUUUUAUGUGAUAGCAUUUAGACGUUGAUUGUAUUUUAUAUUGUAGUAGUGCUAAUGUAUAGCAAAUGCCUCCUAUAAAAACCAUCGAAUGGUUGAUCACUGUUAA